AUGGCUGUCCUGUCACUAGCGUUCCUACUUGUGUUGACUUCAGCUGCCAAGGCUGAUGAAGUAGAUAGAGAGGGCCAACUGAAGAGCCGACUGAAGGAAUACGGCCUUGUCACUCCUUUCAGUACUGACUCCCACGGACACUACCUGUCACACCUUCUCUCGGCCACUCACAAGCAACGUGUCAAGAGGGAGGUAAUUUCCUCUGCUAACAAUGAACAGAAACUUUUCUUCAAUAUCACUGCCUUUGGAAAGGAGUUCCACCUCCGUCUGCGCCCAAACAAUCGACUGGUGGCCCCUGGUGCAAUGGUGGAGUGGCAUGAUGAGGUCCAGGGCUUCGGGAACAACAGCAUUUAUAGUUGGAAUGAUUCAAGUACAGGCGCCAACCAGACAGAAUCCGCCACCGGGGCUGAGAGGAUACUGCGCCGUGAGCUGCUAAAGACAGACUGUACCUUUAUCGGUGACAUCACAGACGUUCCCGGGGCCGCGGUUGCCAUUAACAACUGUGACGGACUGGCUGGAAUGAUUCGUACAGACUCAGACGAGUACUUUAUCGAGCCGCUUGAGAGAGGAGCUCAGGAGCUGGAGGACCAGGGCCGGGUCCAUGUGGUGUAUCGCAGAUCGGCUCUGUUGCAGGCACCCCCGGAAAUCCCAAAGGACUACCAGGCACAAGAACCAGAGCUGGAUGUUCCUGGGACUCUGGAGUCGGUAACCCGACAGGUCAACGAGACUGUCCACCGCCGCCGUCACCGCAGAGACGCUGGAGAGGACGACUACAACAUUGAGAUCCUGCUGGGAGUUGACGACUCCGUUGUUAGAUUUCACGGAAAGGAGCACGUGCAGAAUUACCUCCUCACCCUCAUGAAUAUCGUCAAUGAGAUUUACCAUGACGAGUCUCUGGGAGUCCAUAUCAACGUGGUCCUGGUGAGGAUGAUCAUGCUUGGAUAUGCCAAGUCCAUCAGCCUCAUCGAAAGAGGCAACCCAUCACGGAGCCUGGAGAAUGUGUGCCGAUGGGCAUUUGUGCAACAGAAAGGCGACCCUGAGCACGCAGAACACCACGACCACGCAAUCUUCCUCACUCGCCAAGGCUUCGGUCCCACGGGGAUGCAGGGUUAUGCUCCAGUCACAGGAAUGUGUCACCCAGUUCGGAGCUGCACACUGAACCAUGAAGACGGCUUCUCAUCAGCCUUUGUUGUGGCUCACGAGACCGGACAUGUCUUAGGGAUGGAGCAUGACGGCCAGGGGAACCGCUGCGGAGACGAGACGGCAAUGGGAAGCGUGAUGGCUCCUCUGGUUCAGGCUGCCUUCCAUCGAUACCACUGGUCCAUGUGUAGCGGACAAGAGCUCAAGAGAUACAUCCACACGUAUGACUGUCUUUUGGACGACCCCUUCAAACACGACUGGCCACAGCUUCCUGAACUUCCCGGCAUCAACUAUUCCAUGGAUGAGCAGUGUCGCUUUGACUUUGGAGUGGGAUAUAAAAUCUGCACAUCAUUUCGUACAUUCGACCCUUGUAAACAGCUGUGGUGCAGUCACCCGGACAACCCUUACUUCUGCAAAACCAAGAAGGGUCCACCUCUGGAUGGAACAGAGUGCGCUCCUGGAAAAUGGUGCUACAAAGGUCACUGCAUGUGGAAAAACCCUAAUCAGGUCAAGCAGGAUGGUGCCUGGGGCUCCUGGAGUAAAUAUGGUAUCUGCUCGCGCUCCUGUGGAACUGGAGCUCGCUUUCGGACACGUCAGUGCAACAACCCAGCGCCCUCAAACGGUGGCCAGGACUGCCCGGGAGUGAACUACGAGUAUCAGCUGUGCAACACUGAUGACUGCCCCAAGCACUUCGAAGACUUUCGAGCCCAGCAGUGCCAGCUCCGCAACUCCCACUUUGAGUUCCAAAAUGCCAAACACCACUGGCUGCCCUACGAGCAUCCCGACGAAUUUAAAACCAUUCAAGCACAAAAUGUGCCCUUUCUGCAAAGGUGA